CUGACAGCCAUAACGCCCACUACAGUUGUUUCUUGCAUCUAUCCCUGCACAGUGAGCCUAUUGCCGGAUUGAAGUCAGCUUCUGCAUAGUGUAUAGUGCUGGUAUAUGCUCUGUUGUACAUAUCCUCCAGGACCUUGUUUUCUAUACACUCGAUCUUGGAUAUGGAAACCACCGCAACCAAGCAUAGCCGCAAUGCUUCUAGAUCUUCCCGACCUCGUAGUACGACUAAGGGUCCCCUUGAUCAAAUAGACGACCCCCUCGGCACGGAGACGGUAAACACGUUAAGCUCACCCGAGCCAGCAGCUCAAACCGAGCUGUUCGGUGUCUCCUUUGACAAUCUGGAUCCACUUGCUCCCGACGAGCUGCCACCUACCGUGGAGAAAGACCUCUCUUUCCUGCUCCGUUACGAGAUCUAUCACUCCUUGUCACAGCUAGAUAUCCCACAUGCAUUGCGCUCCGAAUUCAUCGUUCCAACCUCAAGCGAGUCAUUAUCUUCAACGCUCCAAAGGCUUGAAAAACUGUUGGCGAAGGGUCAUUUCUUACUGGCAGCUCAUCUCAGUGGAACGAUACUCGCGUCUUCUCUAAUCAAGCCUACCGACAUCAAGCGCAUCUUUGCUUUGUUCUACACCCGAUUAGCAUGUCUUCAGCUCUCUGGGAACACCAUCAAUGCCGCACAGGAGUCCAAAGCCCUUGAGGAUCUGACUUCCGCCUUCUACUACGUGGAGCCGUUGCCUGAGAAAUCCGAGAAAGGCCCGAGCUAUCCUCGCCAUAUCGUGCCAUGGCCUCUCAGGGUUCUGGCUGUGCGACUCCAGAGUAUCGGAUUUGGCGAUUCCCGUCGUGGCAUUGGGGGUCUCUAUGAGAUUGGGCUAGAGGCGCGAAGGGAGAUUCUGCGGCCAGACCUGAAUCCGGCAGAGCGGCAGCUUUGGAGAGAGCGACUCGCGGAUCUCGGGAUCAGGAACGUCAAUGCGCUGAUCGAAAUGGGCGACCUCAAUGCGGCUAAACAAGCACUCGAUAGCUUGCGUAUGUCAGGCAUAGAUAAGGCAUUCUGCACCUCGAGAAAGACGCUCCUAUUAGUGAUGAUCGGCGAUCUCGACAGUGCCAGACAAUUGUGCAGCGAGGGAAGCGAAGCCGAACAGGGCUUCUUCAAUGCCCUCCUCAGUAUGGCUGAGGGCCAGUAUAACACUGCAGCGGACGAAUGGCGCAGUCUUCUGGAACGUGAGCGCUACAGACCCGACGAAGCUAUCAUUCAGCAGAAUUUGGCGGUCUGUUUGUUGUAUACCGGCCAACUGAAUGAGGCCCGUGAAGUUCUAGAGUCUUUGGUCCAGAAAGAGCAUUCAUUUCCGAGUCUCGUGUAUAACUUAUCGACUGUCUAUGAGCUGUGCUCUGAGAAGGCCGCCAAGCUCAAGAAUGAGCUCGUCGAGACUGUAGCGAAACAGCCAGUGACGGGUGUUCUAAAUCUGGACAGGCCCAGUGCAGACUUCAAGAUAUGAUGAUAACGAUGCCUAACAACCCCGCUAAUCGAGGAACCGAUCGCGGCUCGACGCUAUUCGUCAAUAUGCUAUGGCUAAACCAAUU